AUGAGGAAGGAGGAGGAUGAAGAAGAGGAGGAGGAGGAGGGGGAGGAGGAAGAAGAGGACGAGGAGCCCCUCUCCUCUGAUUACCUGUCCUGGAGUGACCCCCCAAGUGGGACCAAAUUCACUGUUACUACAUCUGAGGCAAGCUUACUGAAAUAUCUGCCACAACAGCAGCAACCAGAGCAAAGUCACCCGGAGCAAAGUCAACCGGAGCAAAAUCAACCGGAGCAAAGUCAACCGGAGCGGAACAAAGCCACCCGGAGCAAAAUCAACUGGAGCAAAGUCACCCGGAGCAAAGUCAACCGGAGCAAAGUCACCCGGAGCAAAGUCAACCGGAGCAAAGUCAACCGGAGCGGAGCAAAGUCACCCAGAGCAAAAUCAACUGGAGCAAAGUCACGCGGAGCAAAGUCAACGGGAGCAAAGUCACCCGGAGCAAAGUCACCCGGAGCAAAGUCACCCGGAGCAAAGUCACCCGGAGCAAAGUCAACCGGAGCAAAGUCACCCAGAGCAAAGUCAACAGGAGCAAAGACAACCGGAGCAAAGUCACCCGGAGCAAAGUCAACCGGAGCAAAAUCAACCUGGAGCAAAGUCAACCGGAGCAAAGUCAACUGGAGCAAAGACAACUGGAGCAAAGACAACCGGAGCAAAGUCACCCGGAGCAAAAUCAACUGGAGCAAAGUCAACCCGGAGCAAAGUCAACUGGAGCAAAUUCAACCGGAGCAAAGUCAACUGGAGCAAAGUCAACUGGAGCAAAGUCAACUGGAGCAAAUUCAACCAGAGCAAAGUCAACGGAGCAAAGUCACCCAGAGCAAAGUCAACUGGAGCAAAGUCAACCGGAGCAAAGUCAACUGGAGCAAAUUCAACCGGAGCAAAGUCAACUGGAGCAAAGUCAACUGGAGCAAAGUCACCCAGAGCAAAGUCACCCAGAGCAAAGUCAACUGGAGCAAAUUCAACCGGAGCAAAGUCAACUGGAGCAAAGUCAACUGGAGCAAAGUCAACCGGAGCAAAGUCACCCGGAGCAAAGUCAACCGGAGCAAAGUCAACCGGAGCAAAGUCAACUGGAGCAAAUUCAACCGGAGCAAAAUCAACCGGAGCAAAGUCAACCGGAGCAAAGUCAACCGGAGCAAAGUCAACUGGAGCAAAUUCAACCGGAGCAAAGUCAACCGGAGCGGAGCAAAGUCACCCAGAGCAAAAUCAACUGGAGCAAAGUCACCCGGAGCAAAGUCAACGGGAGCAAAGUCACCCAGAGCAAAGUCACCCGGAGCAAAGUCAACCGGAGCAAAGUCACCCGGAGCAAAGUUCCCCGGAGCAAAAUCAACUGGAGCAAAGACAACCGGAGCAAAGUCACCCGGAGCAAAGUCAACCGGAGCAAAGUCAACCGGAGCAAAGUCAACCGGAGCAAAGUCACCCGGAGCCGAGUUCCCCGGAGUCCAAAAUAACUGGAGCAAAGACAACCGGAUGCAAAGUCACCCGGAGCCGAAAGACAACCGGAGCAGUCACCGGAAGCAAAGUCAACUGGAGCAAAGUCCACCAGAGCAAAGUCCACCGGAAGAGAAAGUCAACCAGUGCCAAAUUCAACCGGAAGAGUAA